AUGGCGGGUCGAGAAGGCGGCUUCGUUGUGCCGGCGGAUGCUCCGAACGCCGUCGCGGGGUUGAAGAAGAAGGGCGCCGGGUCGAGGAGCUGGAUUUUAAUGGAUUCUUCUGGCCACGAAAAUGUGCGGGAUGUGGACAAAUAUGUGAUCAUGCAGCGCGUGCAGAUACACGCGCGUGAUCUCCGCAUACUCGAUCCCCUCUUGUCUUAUCCUUCCACUAUCCUCGGCCGCGAGAGAGCCAUUGUAUUGAAUUUAGAGCAUAUCAAGGCUAUUAUUACAGCUGAUGAGGUGUGGCUUCGUGACCCAUUGGAUGAUAAUGUCAUUCCUAUUGUUGAGGACCUCCGUAGGCGUCUGAAAAAUGUGAACAUGAACCGCGAAGAUAGUAAAGACGGCAAUUUUGCUGAUGUGAACAUGAACCGGGAAGAUAGUAAAGAUGGCAAUUUGGCUGUGCAAAAUGACGUUGAAACAGCAGAAGAAGAUGAUUCACCAUUUGAGUUCCGGGCCCUUGAGGUAGCUUUGGAAGCCAUUUGUAGUUUCCUGGCUGCCCGCACGAUAGAACUGGAGACAGCUGUUUAUCCAGCUCUGGAUAUGCUCACAUCGAAGAUUAGCAGCCGUAAUUUGGAUCGAGUGCGUAAACUGAAGAGUCAAAUGACAAGGUUGACUGCUCGCGUACAAAAGGUGAGAGACGAGCUGGAGCAGCUUCUGGAUGACGACGAUGACAUGGCGGACCUUUACUUGUCAAGAAAGUUAGCAGGUGCAUCGCCAUUGAGUGGUUCGGGUGCUGCCAGUUGGUUCCUUGCUUCUCCUACCAUUGGCUCCAAGAUAUCGAGAGCUAGUCGAGCGAGUGUGGCAACAGUACGCGGGGAUGAGAAUGACGUCGAGGAACUCGAAAUGCUUCUUGAGGCUUACUUUAUGCAAAUUGAUGGCACACUCAAUAAAUUGACCACGCUUGACAAUCACCGUAAUCAACUGAUUCAGUUAGAGCUCUUUCUCAGUUCUGGGACUGUGUGUUUGUCCAUUUAUUCAUUAGUGGCUGCAAUUUUUGGAAUGAACAUUCCGUACACAUGGAAUGACAAUCAUGGAUACAUGUUUAAAUGGGUGGUUAUCGUCGCAGGCGCCUUUUGUGCAGUACUCUUUGGACUUAUAAUUUCUUAUGCUCGCUACAAAGGUCUCGUUGGAUCUUGA